AGAAAGAAAAACAAAAUUCUGUAGCCGUUACGUCAAAAUAUUUAAUCUAUCUGUGUGAAAGUACUCCAUCUUCCUUUUCACAGUGGUGCGCCAUCGUUGGCGUAUAGAUUUUUCGAAGUUUAAGUGUUAAUCCAAAAACAUCCAAGAUGGUUAACUUCACUGUUGAUGAAAUAAGGGCCAUGAUGGACAAAAAGCGUAAUAUACGUAAUAUGUCCGUCAUUGCCCAUGUAGACCAUGGAAAGUCUACAUUGACAGAUUCCUUGGUCUCCAAAGCAGGUAUUAUUGCCGGUGCUAAAGCUGGAGAAACUAGGUUCACUGACACAAGGAAGGAUGAACAAGAUCGUUGCAUUACUAUCAAAUCAACUGCCAUAUCUAUGUACUUCGAACUUGAAGAGAAAGAUUUGGUUUUCAUAACAAACCCUGACCAACGAGAGAAGGAUGAGAAAGGUUUCUUGAUCAACUUGAUUGACUCACCCGGUCACGUUGAUUUCUCAUCUGAAGUAACAGCUGCUCUCCGUGUAACUGAUGGAGCCCUUGUUGUCGUAGAUUGUGUGUCCGGUGUCUGUGUACAGACUGAAACUGUACUCCGUCAGGGUAUUGCAGAAUUCAUCAGACCAAUUCUUAUGAUGAACAAAAUGGACCGUGCCCUUCUUGAGUUGCAGUUGGAUGCAGAAGAUUUGUAUCAGACUUUCCAACGUAUUGUAGAAAACGUAAAUGUCAUCAUUGCAACUUACAAUGAUGAUAGUGGUCCUAUGGGGGAAGUUCGUGUUGACCCAAGCAGGGGUAGUGUAGGUUUUGGAUCUGGUCUUCACGGUUGGGCAUUCACCCUUAAACAGUUUGCUGAGAUGUACGCUGACAAAUUUAAGAUUGAUGUCAAUAAACUCAUGAACAGGCUCUGGGGAGAAAACUUCUUUAACCCUAAAACAAAGAAAUGGUCCAAACAAAAAGAAGAUGGCAACAAACGAUCAUUCUGUAUGUAUAUCCUGGACCCAAUCUAUAAAGUCUUCGACAGCAUCAUGAACUACAGGAAAGAAGAAUACGAAUCUUUGUUGACGAAACUAGGUAUUGCCUUGAAACAUGAGGACAAAGAAAAAGAUGGUAAGCAACUCCUCAAAGUUGUUAUGCGUACUUGGUUGCCCGCUGGAGAAGCUUUGCUUCAGAUGAUUGCCAUCCAUCUUCCAUCACCUGUAACUGCCCAGAAAUAUCGUAUGGAGAUGCUUUACGAAGGACCACAUGAUGAUGAAGCUGCUGUCGCCAUCAAAAACUGCGACCCUAACGGUCCUCUUAUGAUGUACGUGUCUAAGAUGGUACCGACUUCCGAUAAGGGUCGUUUCUAUGCUUUCGGUCGUGUCUUUGCCGGCAAAGUAGCGACAGGAAUGAAGGCGAGGAUCAUGGGACCCAAUUACACCCCAGGAAAGAAGGAAGAUCUGUAUGAAAAGGCCAUCCAACGUACCGUCCUCAUGAUGGGUCGUUAUGUUGAGGCCAUCGAAGAUGUUCCAUCAGGAAACAUUUGCGGUCUCGUCGGUGUCGAUCAGUUCUUGGUCAAGACCGGUACCAUCUCCACCUACAAAGAUGCCCAUAACCUCAAGGUCAUGAAGUUCUCAGUGUCGCCUGUCGUGCGUGUUGCUGUAGAACCUAAGAACCCUGCCGACCUUCCAAAACUAGUAGAAGGUUUGAAACGUUUGGCCAAAUCCGAUCCUAUGGUCCAAUGUAUCAUCGAGGAAUCCGGUGAACAUAUCAUCGCUGGUGCCGGUGAACUCCAUCUUGAAAUUUGCCUCAAAGAUUUGGAGGAUGACCACGCUUGCAUUCCGAUCAAAAAGUCCGAUCCUGUCGUAUCUUACCGUGAAACCGUCAGCGAAGAAUCUGACCAGAUGUGCCUAUCGAAAUCUCCCAACAAACACAACAGGCUGUUCAUGAAGGCUUGCCCCAUGCCUGACGGUCUUCCAGAGGACAUCGACAAUGGCGACGUAAACCCAAGGGACGAUUUCAAGGUUCGAGCCCGUUACCUGAGUGAAAAAUACGAGUAUGACGUGACUGAAGCCAGGAAGAUCUGGUGUUUCGGUCCAGAUGGAACUGGUCCUAACAUCUUGGUAGACUGUACCAAGGGAGUACAAUACCUCAAUGAAAUUAAGGAUUCCGUUGUUGCCGGUUUCCAAUGGGCCACCAAGGAAGGUGUACUGUCCGAAGAGAACUUGAGAGGUGUGCGUUUCAACAUCUAUGAUGUCACCUUGCACGCUGAUGCCAUCCAUCGUGGUGGUGGUCAGAUCAUUCCAACCACCAGGCGUUGUUUGUAUGCUUGCCUCUUGACCGCCCACCCCAGGCUUAUGGAACCUGUAUACCUUUGUGAAAUCCAGUGUCCCGAGGUAGCUAUUGGUGGAAUUUACGGUGUCUUGAACAGAAGACGUGGUCACGUAUUUGAAGAACAACAAGUUGCCGGUACACCUAUGUUUGUGAUCAAGGCUUACUUGCCAGUAAAUGAAUCAUUUGGAUUCACUGCUGACUUGCGUUCCAACACCGGUGGACAGGCUUUCCCACAAUGUGUAUUUGAUCACUGGCAAAUCUUGCCCGGAGACCCAAUGGAAGCUGGAACUAAACCAUACGGAAUCGUGCAGGACACUAGAAAGAGGAAGGGUCUGAAAGAAGGACUCCCAGAUCUUACCCAAUAUCUGGAUAAAUUGUAAACAUCUGGUAUUUUAGGUUCUGUACAAAUUAUUUAAGAAAAUUAAAAUACACACUGAAAAAUAAUUUUGUAUUUGAUUCAACAGAAUUGCGAUCUAUUAUUGGCAGGGUGAUGUAAUGUCACAAAAAUUCUUAAUGCAAUAUGCUAAACCAGAAUAACAACUGGUCCUAUUUAUUUCUGGUUUAUAGGUAAGGUUGUUAAAUUUUUAACGAUGAUUUUUUUAAUUGGUAACUUUGUUGAUGAUGAUAUAUUGUGACAAUUGAUAUUUUUUCGAUUUUUAUUUUGUUUACCCUCAUAGUGAUUGAAUUGUAAACAUUUGAGGUUUUGUCCUUGAAUGGAAUCUUGUAAUAAAAUAAUUUUUAUGAAA